GCUGUCUUAUUUUUACAGAGAUCGUUAUAUCUGACAACCAUUUACACGGCUCCGCGCUCCUCUCACGGGUAAUUUAAAUGUAGCAGACUGGGCUACGCGGCGAGAAUGGAGAAUCCUCAGAACUCCACGGAGGAAAUAUUCAAAGAAGGAAGACUAUAUUUGGACAAAAACCGAGAGUUUGUGGAACAAAAGAUACUUAGUUUAGACGCAGACACGUGUUAUAGAGAGCACGGCUGGGAGGACUUCACAACGAGGCGGACAGACGACGAUUUUGGAGAUAGUCCACGUGAAAGGAGGGCGUCCAAUGUCCAGUGCCGAUCAGAGAAGGCGAGGCGUUCCGCUCGGACAUUCUUUCAGGCGAACGACACGUCCGAUCUGCGGUUGUCCGUGGAAGGGAAACCUCUGUAUGUGUCCCGCAUCCUCUUGUCCAUUGUGUCCCCGGUCCUUAAGGAGGUGUUUGACAAACGUUCCAAAGAGCAGGCCAUCGUAGAAAUACCACUUCCCGGCAAGAAAUACUCGGAUAUUCUGGAGUUUCUAGAAUGCAUUUAUCCCGAUAAUUUAAAGCCAAUAUCAGAUGACAAUGUGAAUUUAAUGCUUCACUUGGCGGAGGAGUUUGAGGUGAAAUCGCUUCGUGACAGAUGCGUGGCCUUCCUAACUUUACAGCUUCAAAACAAUUGUUCAAGUGAUAAAAUAAUUGAAAUUCUCACACUCUCCAUCAACUAUGGACUAGAGGAACUUCAAAAGCUGUCGACUGACUUAGCAUCUCGGACCUCUUCGGAAAAUCUAGAGAAUGUUCCCGGAUUUUCGGAAUUAUCCAAUGACAUUACGUCUUCCAUCUUCCAUAAACGUUUACGGUUGUACGAAGACGCUGGCAGGAAGAUCAGAAAACGCCUGAAAGAGGCGGAGACCCAUUGCAGUCUGUACCACAAGAACGAAAGAUGGGGCGACAAUCUGUGUAACAAAUGUUUAGCAGGGGUGGGGAAGGUCUCAUCCCACGAAAUUGAAAAAUUGUUCUAAUUUCUGCACUUUCAUUAAUAUUAAGCAUUUUAUAUGGUCGAGUUAAAAUUUACAUGAUAAUUGUAUUGUGCUGUAGUAGGAAGACUGUACCGUUGCAUUGGCGCAUCGAGGGCUCAUUGAAAAGACAAAGGUCACCUAUGCAUUCGUAUGAAUUCAAUAGUGAUGUACAUAAAACAAGAUUAUAUGUUGAUUAUAAUCUUGAAUUGAAUAUUUAAAGAUUUAUAUAAAUCCACACACCCCAUGUGCUUUAUGUAAAUGAAUUACGUAAUCCUGUCAUUCUGUUUGUCGAAGGAGUUUAAGCAGUAGUUACCCCAUAUGAUAUUGUUGGUUAUGUGCAGAUACCCGAUGGGUGUGGUCAUUAUGACCACGCCCAUCGGGUAUCUGCACAUAAUCAACAAUAUUAUAUGGGGUAAGUGACUUGUAUCAUAGUUUACUAUUAUUCGUUAUAUUUUAUUAUAGCUUUCGGAAGCGCGGUCGCCUGUUUACAAUAUGAUGCCAAUUGUUAUGUAUUUAAAUUACACUUUGUACACCAUAUAUUUCUAUCAUACUGACUUUCUAUCACCGAAAAAUGUAUGUUCAUUAAUUGUUUUUUAAAAGCCGUUUUUAAAGUGCAUAUAAAUGUUUGGACUGUU